CAUAGGUACAAAAAAUGGCAGCUUACACAAAACAAACACAUUGACUAGCCUAGGCCUAGCCUAACUAAUCAGAAAUACUUAGGAGUAAAGUCAGGACAGGAAACAGAAUUUGAUUAGUUUUAUGAAACAACCAAGGCAGUAAAUAAAAUGAGACUUUGCAGGUUUCAUAAUUUUGCUGUGCAAGUAUUUCGGAUCCACUACAGUGCUGGAUUAAGUCGAGUAAAAUUCCCAAUAAUGCAACAACGUCAACGAAUAUCAGUUCGAAAGAGUAGCUCCAGAUCAGAUCCAACAAAAUCAAAAGGACCCAUAUCUUGGAAAUCCUUAGUGGUUACAUGUGCAUUUGGAGGCUUAGCGAUUGGUGGAUUCAAAUAUUUUAAAAGACAGAAAGAACUUGCUCUUGAGAAAGAACGUUCCAAGUCUCUAGGAAAAGCAGCAAUAGGAGGGCCAUUCUCAUUGGUUGAUCAUGAAGGCAAUCCCAAGACAAACAAAGAUUAUCUCGGCCAAUGGGUGCUUCUGUACUUCGGCUUUACUCAUUGUCCGGAUAUAUGUCCUGAUGAGCUAGAAAAGAUGGUGGAUGUAGUGAAUAAGAUUGAUGAAAGUCGCAAUUUACCAAAUAUUGUUCCGCUAUUUAUUACCAUUGAUCCAGAGAGAGAUACUGUCAAGGUUAUGGCAGAAUAUGUCAAAGAAUUCAGUCCAAAGUUUAUCGGCUUAACAGGAAGCAUGGAGAAAGUAAAAGAAGUUGCAAAGAACUUCAGAGUUUAUUACAGCCAAGGACCUAAGGAUGAAGACAACGACUACAUUGUUGACCAUACUAUUAUUAUGUAUCUUCUGGAUCCAGAUGGCAACUUCAUGGAUUACUACGGACAAAAUAAGACGGAUGAACAAAUAGCUGCAAGCAUUGCAUCUCAUAUGAGGAAAUAUAAGAAUAUGCAUUGAUACUAGGAUUGUAUUACAGAUAGAACUAGUAUUGAAUAUAGAAAAUUUAAUUUCAUGACCAUUGGAUAUUAUUGAUUAUUUUUCCCACACAAUAAUUAAUUGAUCCAGUUUUGCUGUUGUAAAACUUUUUAAGGAACAUUGGUAAAUGUAAAUUAUUAAUUUAUCCUGCUAAUUUUGAACCCAAUGACCCAAUGUCUGCAAAAUUGUGGCCUGCCUAUGCUUAUAAUUACAUGUCUCAGACUUGUUAGUACUGUAAGUUGACAAUAUGAAUUUCAUAUCCCUUCAUUGUGUACAUGUGUUAAGCAUGGAAUUUCCUCAGUGGAUUUCACCCAUGUAUCCGUGAUUACUCCCACAGAGGCGCAUAACAAAAAUCAACACAAAUUAUCCAUCUGCAGGUAAUGCAUGAUGGGAUUUAUAGCGGCCCACUGAAAUUAAAAAACUUAUUUUUGAAGAAUUUUCUUCAAGUAAAACCAGUAUGCUUACGUUUUUUGAUGCCAACAGUUUUGCUAACUACCAAUUAGCAUCGUCUGUACGUUUGCUACUUCCUUCAGUCAAGUUGUUUAGGGACUGGUGCCACCAAAAUAUGAAGUAGAUUGCGCACCGCCCCUUACUUUGGGUUUCAAGAGAAGGCUGUUGUAGAUGUUUGGCAAUUGAUAUCAUCAUAGUUUUUCAUAUCCAUAUAGAUUCUUUCUUUUUAUACUAAAUAAAAUUUUGCAAUUAUAUUACCAACAGAUUCAGGAAAACCAUGCUGUAGUUAAACUAGUGUUACGCCACCGAUGAAUUAUAAAAUCACAAAGGGCAUGGCCCUCCCAUAUUUUAUGUUUAACAUACAUUAUUCCUAAAUCUGUUGGCAAUAUGAUAGCUGCAAAAUUUAAUGUUUAUUUGGUAUAAAGCGUUACAGUAUACAAAUGUAAUCUUAGAAAUAGAUCUUGGGCUGACCGACCGCCCUGAUUUUAAAAUGUUGCUUUGUUUAACAAAAACUUUUUCUUGGCCUAAUCAUCAAGGACCGCCAAGACUAGAGUUCAACAGUGCUGUAACUGUAGACAUCACCGAAAGGUCCACUGAUUAAUCUCAGAUAAGAAAGUAUAAUACAUACUCCCAUGUAUUGAAAUACACGCCAUCGUGUUGGGAUUCAAUAUUUCGACAUUAAUUAUGUCAUCGUCAGGAAUGAUGACAUAAUUAACAUCACGUGUUUGCUUUAGUUACGAUUAACCACAAGAAAUAAAAUUUUACGCAAACUCCACGAGUUUUCGAUAUUUGAUUAAAUUUUGGUUGUUAGUGUAAUAUUUCCUGAAAUGAUUUAAGAGGGCAUGACGCAGUUUUUGUGUCAAGGUAUGGUAGGGAUAUUCUUUAAGAAAUUUUUAA